AUGGAAAAGCUGUCAUCAGGUUCUGUAGUUCCUCAGCUCCUCCGCAACAUCAUCAUCGCCGUCGUCGUUUUCGCCGAUGAAUCUCUUCUCCAAAUCCCCGGAAACUCGAAGCUCCUAGAGAAGCUCCGUCUAUUUCUCGUCUCCUGUUUCGUGUUCUUCUUGCGCUCUCUUCCUUCAGCUGUCCCCUUCGCGAACCCUAACUCGAUUUCGACGAGAGCUUUCAAGUUCACGACGGAUAAGAAGAUGCUCGAGAUCAGCGAUUGCCCGUCGGAAUCGGGAAUCGGUCGAGCGAUCUGGCAGUUGUUGUCGGCGAUGAAUGAAAUCCCGGUGAAUUCUAGAAAGUACGAAGUGGUUCGAUCCCUGGCGGAGAGACUAAUCGACGAGAAUCACGGUGAGAACUCAACCGCCUUGUUCGAUUUGAAUCGUAGGGUUCUAAACGCGUCGUUUCGUAGAACGCUAGCCCGGCUAGAGGCGGCGGUUGAGCGGAACCGAAGAGAUACGGGUGAACCGGUUCGUCGUGGAUUAAACCGGGUGGUGAUGGCUGCGGUUAGAGCCGUUGGGGAUGGAUUCCCUGGUUGGGGUGGAGAAGAGGCGGCGGAACAAUCAUCGGAAACGGCGGAGAAACUGGCGGCAGAGCUGCUUUGGUUGGCGGAGAAGAUGUCGGUUUAUGGAUACGGCGAUGAAGCCGUUGAGAAAUGGGCUUCAGCUUCUAACUUGGCUCGGCUCGCUCUUUGGCCUGAACCAAGGCUUCAAUGUUCAAUGGUCCAAAUUUCUGGUAAUCUUUCUGUCCCUUUUUUUCACAAGUACAGUAUUUUCGUAAAUAUGGUCAAAUGA